AGCUUCAACUACUCACUCUAAAGAUUACAUUUUUGAUAACUUUUUUUUCAUUUAUCUUCUUCAACUACAACGCACUUUUGACGUUUUUAAUGCAUUUGGAUUCGUGACCUUUCACUUCUUCCAGGAACUCUCUCAGGUUUUCCCAACAUUUUCUUCUAUUUCCAGCUCUUGUUCAAGUCUUCAAUCUUUCUUUUUUAAUGUUUGUUUUUUCUAAUGGUUUGAUUUGAAAGAUUGGUGGAGUUUUUUAAUACUCAAAGUCUGAUCUAGGAUUUUGAUAUAAUGACUGGAGAAGUAGAAAAGAUGGAAUUUUCUUUUAAAAAUUUGUUAAAGGAGCUUAAUUUGGGUCUUUAAGAGUGAUUAAAGAAUUGGUUUGACUGAUUACUUUAUCAAUAUUACAACUUUAUAUUUUUUUUAAUAAUGGAAGUUUUAGAUAAGGACUUCUGUUUUAAAAGAAAGAUUUUGUUCAAGUAAAUUAGUAACCGUAAAAUGAGUUACUGGGGUUGUCUUAUUGCGAGGGCUCUUGGUUUGGCUUCUUUGUCUUGAAACCUUCUUGGUUUCAUAUAUACGUUUCUGGGUUCAUUGAACAGUUCACAUACAAGCGAAAAAAUUGUGUGAGAAGUACCAAUAAUGGCUAUGUGCAUGAUUUUGAUUUUGGGGCUAUUCUGAGAAUCAACAUACUCGUUUCAGUCUUCCAUCAUGCCUUUGUUUGAGCUAUAUCGUAUGAGCAAAGAGAAGAUUGAUUCAUCAAAGGAGGAUAAGAACCCUACAUCAACUGAUUUAUCUUUUGAGCCUGAGAAUGACUUUGUUGAACUAGUAUGGGAGAAUGGUCAGAUUUUGAUGCAGGGUCAGUCUAGUAGGACCAGAAAGAGUCCUAUAACAAAUAGCUUACCAUCUCACACCGCCAAGACCAGAGACAAAGAUAUUGGAUAUGGCAGCAAUACAAAGAUGACAAAGUUUGGUACAGUGGACUCUGUGUUGAAUGAGAUUCCUUUAUCAGUGCCAUCUGGUGAAAUGAGUUUGAAUCAAGAUGAUGACAUGGUUCCUUGGUUGAGUUAUCCUAUUGAAGAAUCUUUACCACAUGAAUACUGUUCAAAUUUCUUGCCUGAGUUGUCUGGAGUCACUGAAAAUGAUCUCUCCAACCAGAAUAAUUUUGCAUUGUUUGAUAAGAGAGGCAGUGGUAGUCAGUUCAAUAGGGAAUUCAAUUCUGUUUCAGUGCAUAAUGAUGCAAGUUUAGAUCAUGGGAAUGUGUCGAAGAAUUCUUCGAUAGGAGCUGGUGAGGCUAUGAGACCAAAGAGUAGUACUAGUCAAUCAUACCCAUCGUCAUCAUUGCAAUGCCAAACCUCAUUUCCAUAUCUUAAAUCAAGAGCUCUUGAUAAUAUUGGUAAUAGUAUGAAGAAUUCGACCCAAAGUUCUGUUUUUGGUGAUUCUGCUCCUAGUUCAGCUGGAAGUUUUCCAGGUAUAAAAAUGCAGAAGCAAGAUACAAGGUUGUCUACUAAUAGCACUGGUUUGAUGAACUUUUCUCAUUUCCAACGACCUGCCACUCUUUUUAAAUCUAAUCUUCAGAAUAUUUGUUCGACACCUGGUUCUGGUUUAUCAAGGAUAGAAGGGAUGGAUAGCAAGGAUGGGGGGUCUGCAGCAAGUGGUACCAAUCUUGUUGAAUCCACACAUAAUGAUUUGAGUAGUGGUAUAAGAAAAGGAGCAAGUUCCGAUUGUCAACCUGUGGUUGCACCACCAAAGGUUGAUGUAAAGCCAUCUGAAGCUAAGCCUCCCGAGGAACCAGUUGUUGCCGAACCACAUGAGGCUAUAGGCCAAGAAGAUGCAUCAAAGAAUGAUAAAAACCAUAUCCAAGUUCUUGGUGAAAGUGCAACUAAACGACUGUCGGAUGGUGAGAAGACUAUAGAGCCAGUACUUGCUGCUUCUUCUGUUUGCUCAGGCAACAGUGUAGAGAGAGCUUCAGAUGAUCCAACAGAUAAUUUGAAGAGAAAACAUCGUGACACUGAGGAUUCUGAAUGUCCUAGUGAGGAUAUUGAAGAAGAAUCGGUGGGUGCAAAGAAAAGAGCCACUGCUCGAGUUGGUACAGGCUCUAAGAGAAGCCGAGCAGCAGAAGUGCAUAAUCUAUCUGAAAGGAGGCGAAGGGAUAGGAUCAAUGAAAAGAUGCGUGCUUUACAAGAACUUAUACCAAACUGUAAUAAGGUGGACAAAGCUUCAAUGCUUGACGAGGCCAUUGAGUAUCUUAAAACACUUCAACUUCAAGUUCAAAUUAUGUCAAUGGGAGCUGGUUUGUAUAUGCCACCUAUGAUGUUCCCAUCAGCAAUGCAACAAAUGCAUGCAGCUCAUAUGGCUCAUUACUCCCAGAUGGGUAUUGGAAUGGGAAUGGGUGUUGGCUAUGGAAUGGGUAUGCCCGAUAUGAAUGGGGGAUCGUCUGGUUAUCCCAUGGUUCCGGUGCCUCUGAUGCAUGGGGCACAUUUUCCAGGCCCACCAGUGUCAGGACCCUCUGCUUUCCAUGGGAUGGCAGGAUCUAACUUCCAGCUGUUUGGGCUUCAUGGUCAAGGACAUCCCAUCUCAAUGCCACAUGCACCCUUUCCUUUAUCAGGAGGGCCUAUUAUGAAGCCAGCCAUGGGACUAAAUGCCUGUGGCACAGUAGGUCAUAUGGAAAAUCUGGAUUCAGCUGCAGGCACAACCUCAAAGGAUCUGAUGCAGACGAACACUUCUCAAGCAAUGCCAAAGGCUGCUACCAAUAGUUCAAUGAAUCAGACAUUGCAAAACACCGCUACCAAUAAUUCAAUGCAUCAGACAUCUAAUCAGUGUCAGGCAACAAAUGGACGCUUAGAACAGCCUCCGGAAGUGCAAGAUAGUUGUCUAGCCUCAGAAGGUACUUUCAGUUCACCCGGCAAAAAUGACAAUGUACCUAAUAAAGCAGCCUGUUAUGAAUGAUAGCUACUUCUGAAAAAUUUUGAUUAAAUGAGAGAAAUCAAAGCUGAUUGCUAUCUCCAAAAUAGCCAUCUGAACUCUAAUUACCAGACAGAACAAGUACAAUAGGCACAGAUUUUGGUAUGCUGAGGACCUUCAACUUCAAAAUGUUUUCUUGCACCUGUAUAUUCAUUCAUUUACUUGACACAGGAAAUAAUGCGAUAGGACCCGAUGUAGAUAGAACAAUUGUUGAUUGAGAAGCCCUCUCAGAGUUAUUGUUUCA